CCGGCGGAGCGACGCUUCGCUCCUCGCCCUAAGGGGAAGUGGCAGCCUGUCGCCCGGCCCUAAGAGGCGGCUCCAGCGGCAGCGAGCGCGCAUGCCCCGGCUCGGGCGGCCCCUUUGCGGAGCGCGCUUGGCCCGGCUGCGGGGGAGGACCGGCUGCGCGGGAGGACCAUGGCGAGCGGGGUUAUUAAAUGCAAGGCCGCCGUUGCCUGGGAGGCAGGUAAACCACUCUCUAUAGAAGAGGUAGAGGUUGCACCACCAAAAGCACAUGAAGUCCGUAUUAAGGUUGUUGGCACUGCUGUCUGUCACACAGAUGCCUAUACGCUGAGUGGUGCUGAUCCUGAGGGGUGUUUCCCAGUGAUCUUGGGUCACGAAGGAGCAGGAAUUGUGGAGAGUGUUGGGGAAGGAGUAACUAAAUUAAAACCAGGUGACACAGUCAUCCCACUGUACGUCCCACAAUGCGGAGAAUGCAAGUUCUGUUUGAACCCUAAAACCAAUCUCUGCCAAAAGAUAAGAGUUACCCAAGGAAAAGGACUGAUGCCUGAUGGUACCAGCAGGUUCACCUGCAAAGGGAAGCAGAUUUAUCACUUCAUGGGGACUAGCACCUUCUCUGAAUACACCAUUGUGGCUGAUAUCUCUGUGGCUAAAAUUGAUGCUGCAGCUCCUCUGGAUAAAGUUUGCCUAUUGGGCUGUGGAAUUUCAACAGGCUAUGGAGCUGUCAUCAACACUGCCAAGGUGGAACCUGGUUCUACCUGUGCAGUCUUUGGAUUGGGAGGAGUUGGGCUGGCAGUUAUUAUGGGCUGUAAAGUGGCUGGAGCUUCCCGGAUCAUCGGUGUUGAUCUCAACAAAGAUAAAUUUGCCAAAGCUAAAGAGUUUGGAGCCACUGAGUGCAUCAACCCUCAGGACUUUAAGAAGCCCAUACAGGAGGUGCUGGUUGAGCUUACUGAUGGUGGAGUGGACUACUCCUUUGAGUGCAUUGGGAAUGUUGGUGUCAUGAGGGCUGCCUUGGAAUCCUGUCACAAAGGCUGGGGAGUCAGCGUUAUAGUUGGAGUAGCUGCUGCUGGUCAGGAGAUCUCUACCCGUCCUUUCCAACUAGUAACAGGUCGCACGUGGAAAGGGACUGCCUUUGGAGGUUGGAAGAGUGUAGAGAGUGUACCAAAGCUGGUGGCUGAAUAUAUGUCAAAAAAGAUCAAAGUUGAUGAAUUUGUGACUCACACUCUGCCUUUUGACAAAAUUAAUGAGGCUUUUGAACUGAUGCAUGCAGGGAAGAGCAUUCGAAGUGUCCUGAAAUUUUAAGGAUCCCGAAGAUGGAACCUACCAGUCUUAGCACUAUGCUGUGUCUACUAGUUAAUGGAGCUUUUUGAAGAGGUGUAGGAUCAGCUGGAGAGAAAAUUCAAUUGUGAUGGGAAAACCAUCUGCUUUAGGAUCAGUCUCUAUUAAAUCAUAGGUAACCUGAUCUCAGACUAAUGAUAAAUACUAAAUCCAGUUAUGAAACUAA